GUAAAGAGUUUGGAAUUAUGAAAAAGACAUUAGAUUUAGUGAUUUUAACAGAAAGAUAUGACAAAUUAUAUGAAAUACAUCUUAGGCUUUCAAAAGAAAUAGAAAAAGAGCUCAUAGUGAAUAAUGAAGAAAGCAUUCUAGACAAUAAUUAUUCUAUUCAAAUUAUAACUACAAUUAACAAUCUAAUAGGCAUUAGUUCAAAGGAUAAUACAAAUCAAACUAAUUUCAAUGAAAGACUGAAUAUUCAAAGAGAUGAAUUAAUGGAUAUUACAAAUUUGGAAAUUAGGAACAUAACUUAUAAUUGUAGUGUUUGUGGUCAA